GACCAUCGGGUUCUUGCUCACCUCCCUGACAAAGGGAAAGGUGUUGUUGAACCCUGGGUGUUGGCAGUAUGGAGUGAUGCUCAACCUAUCGUCCUGUCUCCUACAGGGCUGUGUUGUUGAACCCUGGGUGUUGGCAGUAUGGAGUGAUGCUCAACCGCUUUACCGCUGUGUCAGACGUCAAACAACGCCUCCAAGGGCAAGGCUUCAUCAGCCUACUGCCCCACACAGACCUGCCUCACCCUCCCUCUCCCACCCAGCCUCACCCUCCCUCUCCCACCCAGCCUCACCCUCCCUCUCCCACCCAGCCUAGCUCCAUCCCUCACCCCGCUCCUCCUCCUCCUCUUCCUCCCUCCCUGCAGUGCUUCAUCCACCCUUCCCCUGUGCGUUACCCCUCUCCUCCUCACCGCCAGGGCCAGCUGAAAGCCUACUACCUGCUGAACGCUGCCUCCCUGCUGCCUGUCUUAGCCCUGGGGGUACAGGAGGGGGACAGGGUCCUGGAUCUCUGCUCUGCUCCUGGAGGGAAGGCCUUGGCUGUACUACAGACUGCUGACCCAGCUCUGUUAUGUUGUAAUGAAAUGGACCCACACCGACGUGAUUGGCUGGCCAAAACCCUGGAAUCCUUCAUCCCCCAAUCGCUGAGCAGCACUGUCACCGUGUCCAAUCAGGAUGGACGGCUCUUUGGGCAGAGUGAAGCCGGAAUGUAUGACAAGGUGCUGCUGGAUGCUCCUUGUUCUAAUGAUCGCAGCUGGCUGUUCUCCUGUGGAACGGGAGGGGAUCAGCAAGGAGCUGUGAGGCUGAGGGACAGGGCCAGGCUGCCCACACUACAGACACAGCUGCUCAGGUCUGCGCUGGCUGCAGUGCGUCCAGGGGGCGUGGUCGUCAACUCCACCUGCACGCUGUCCCGCUCUGAGAACCAGGAAGUGGUGGAGGUGGUCCUAAACACCUGUCCAGGGGUGGAGCUUCAAGACCUGGAGGAGGAGCUAGCCCUCCCACUCCAGGAACACCUCACCUUCACCCCGUUAGGCCACACCCCCUCGUUAGGCCUCAUUGUGGUUCCACAGCAGGGUCAGACCUGGGGACCCAUGUUCCUGUCGCGCAUCAAGAGGAUUCACUGACUGGUUGAUUGACUCGCUGACUUCCUGUCAUGCAUCAAGAGGAUUCACUGACUGGUUGAUUGACUCGCUGACUUCAUGUCACGCAUCAAGAGGAUUCACUGACUGGUUGAUUGACUCGCUGACUUCCUGUCACGCAUCAAGAGGACAAACUGACUGACUGACUGGUUGGUUGACUCGCUGACUUCCUGUCACGCAUCAAGAGGACAAACUGACUGACUUACUGGUUGGUUGACUCGCUGACUUCCUGUCACGCAUCAAGAGGACGAACUGACUGACUGGUUGGUUGAUUGACUCGCUGACUUCCUGUCACGCAUCAAGAGGAUGAACUGACUGGUUGAUUGACUCGCUGACUUCCUGUCACGUGUCAAGAGGACUCACUGACUGACUGGUUGGUUGAUUGACUCGCUGACUUCCUGUCACGCAUCAAGAGGACUCACUGACUGAGCAUGUCAGACACAGAGCCUGGUCUUCAAGGAUUCCACAAUGCAACAUGUUUUCAUAUGACGGCUACUGCUAACGAGCUAACUCUCUAGGUCUGUGUUCCAAAUGGCACUCUAUAUAGCACACACAAGUAGUGCACUAUAUAUAGGGAAUAGGGUUCUAUAGGGCCCUGGUCUAAAGUAGUGCACUAUAUAGGGAAUAGGGUUCUAUAGGGCCCUGGUCUAAAGUAGUGCACUAUAUAUAGGGAAUAGGGUGCUAUUUAGGAUGCACACUUUGUUUUACAUGCUCUUUGCCCGUGUUCCUAUCUGGCAUUAAGAAGACCCACUGAACUCUUAAAUAAAGGUUAAAUAAAAUAUAAAAUAUAUCACAAUGACCUCUCAAUACCCACAGCAGUUAUGAUACGAAGAAGCAGUGGCGGCUGCUGAUUGGCUGAAUACCCACAGCAGUUAUGAUACGAAGAAGCAGUGGAGGCUGCUGAUUGGCUGAAUACCCACAACAGGUUUGAUACGAAGAAGCAGUGGAGGCUGCUGAUUGGCUGAAUACCCACAACAGGUUUGAUACGAAGAAGCAGUGGUGGCUGCUGAUUGGCUGAAUACCCACAACAAUUAUGAUACGAAGAAGGAGUGGUGGCUGCUGAUUGGCUGAAUACCCACAACAGUUAUGAUAGGAAGAAGCACGGGCGGCUGCUGAAUACCCACAACAGUUAUGAUACGAAGAAGCAGGGGCGGCUGCUGAUUGGCUGAAUACCCACAAAAGUUAUGAUACGAAGAUGCAGGGGCGGCUGCUGAUUGGCUGAAUACCCACAACAGUUAUGAUACAAAGAAGCAGUGGCGGCUGCUGAUUGGCCGAAUACCCACAACAGUUAUGAUACGAAGAAGCAGUGGCGGCUGCUGAUUGGCCGAAUACCCACAACAGUUAUGAUACGAAGAAGCAGUGGCGGCUGCUGAUUGGCCGAAUACCCACAAGUUAUGAUACGAAGAAGCAGUGGCGGCUGCUGAUUGGCUGAAUUUAUUUAUUUAUUUAUUUCACCUUUAUUUAACCAGGUAGGCAAGUUGAGAACAAGUUCUC